AUGACUGAUGCACGAAGAGUUUUCGAUGACAUGCCUGAUAGGAAUAUGGAUACUUGGCAUUUGAUGAUAAAUGGGUAUGCAAACAAUGUCUUGGGAGAUGAAGGGUUGCAGUUGUUCGAGCAAAUGAGGCAAUUGGGCUUGAAACCGAAUGAACAGACCUUCCUUGCAGUUCUUUCUGCUUGUGGUAGAGCAGAAGCUAUAGAAGAAGGGUUUUUACAUUUUCAAUCAAUGGAGAGCGAGUAUGGAAUUUCUCCUGGGGUGGAGCACUAUACGGGGCUUAUAGGCGUUCUUGGAAAAUCUGGUCAUCUUUAUGAAGCUAAAGAGUAUGUCGAGAAAAAACUGCCCUUUGAGCCAACUGCUGAAGUUUGGGAGGCUUUGAGGAAUUAUGCUCGAAUUCAUGGAGAUGUUGAUCUUGAAGACUAUGUUGAAGAGCUGACGGUUGAUCUUGACCCGUCAAAGGUUGAUGCGAAUAAAAUCCCCAUGCCACCACCAAGAGAAUUCCGUAAUCCAACCCUUUACAAGGAUGAUGAGAAAUUGAAGGCCUUGAAAACAAUGAAAGAAGCGAGUUAUGUGCCUGAUACGAGGUAUGUGUAA